CCACUUACUAUAAAUAUAAACCACUUUCGCAGGGGCUGACCGUCGUCACUAAUCCAUCACUGCUACAGUAUAUUAGGUUUCUAAACACUCCAAACUUAGAUCCCUUCGUAUUCUCCGCUCGCUAUCACCACCCCAAACUCCCUCAGUAAGCGCUCUCUCGCGUCUUUUUCUCCCAUUUCUUUAUCUUUGCAUGGACAUCGUUCUUUCCAUAUAAAAGAAUUUUUGUUUAUGAUCUGUUUUGAGCUUUGACGAUUCCUUGUUUCUGCUAUCUGGGGUUUUUUUUUGGUUAAAGUGUGACCCCUUUUUUAUACAGGAAGAGUGUGUAGUGGAGGAGUAAAGAUGACAACUGUGAGUCUUACCUCCCCUUGUAUUGUUAAAGCUGCAAUCCCUAACCGAUUUACAAGUGCUAUCGUCAAGGCCCCAACAACUCUUGGAUCUGUUAAGAGCAUCUCUAAAUCUUUUGGCUUGAAAUGUUCUUCCAAUUACAGAGCAUCAAUGGCAGUGUACAAAAUUAAGCUUGUUGGUCCAAAUGGUGAGGAAUGUGAGUUUGAAGCCCCUGAUGAUAAAUACAUCUUAGAUGCUGCUGAGGAGGCGGGUGUUGACCUGCCCUAUUCUUGCAGGGCUGGAGCUUGCUCCACAUGUGCUGGGAAGAUUAUUUCAGGCUCAGUGGAUCAAUCUGACGGUUCCUUCCUUGAUGAUAAACAAAUGGAGGAGGGAUAUGUGCUGACUUGUGUUUCAUACCCAACCUCGGACUGUGAGAUCCACACUCACAAGGAAGCUGAUCUCUACUAAGUAUUUGGUGGUCAGAAAUGAGUAGGCUCUCCCAAGUUUGUCUAGAACUCUUAUCUAAAUUUGCUACCAGUGAGGGUAAAUGCUCUCACGGACAAUUAGUUGUCUAGUGUUCUUUGUAAUGUUUGUGGUUGAAUGGCAUAUCUCAGUUUAGAAUUUCAAUCAUAUUUCUGGAUUGCCAUAGUUGGAGCAUGGUCCUCUUGAACUGCUCAAAUUAUCCCUAUAAACAGGGAAAAAAAAUUGCCACA